UCUUUUAUCAUGGUAGGGAAUAAAAUAGAAAAUGGCAGCAGGUCCUAAUGCGGCUGUAAAAGCUUUGCAGUUGGAGAUGAAAAACAUCAGUAAAGAUCCAAUUGAAGGUGUUCUUAUAGAGCUUCAAGAUGAAAGUAACAUGUUCGAAUGGUCAGUUGGUGUCUUUGGCCCUCCAAAAACACUAUAUGAGGGUGGAUACUUCAAGGCUAAGAUUUCUUUUCCACAAGACUAUCCAUACUCACCACCAUCAUUUCGAUUUAUAACAAAAAUGUGGCACCCAAAUAUUUAUGAGUCUGGUGAUGUGUGUAUAUCCAUCCUCCAUCCACCAGUAGACGACCCACAAAGUGGAGAGCUACCACAAGAAAGAUGGAAUCCCACACAAAAUGUCAGAACAAUUUUAUUAAGCGUGAUUUCAAUGUUAAAUGAACCAAACACAUUUUCACCCGCCAAUGUGGAUGCGUCUAUUAUGUACAGACGUUACCAGACGAGCAAAGGUAAAGACAAAGAGUAUGAAAAUAUAAUAAACAAACAAGUCGCGAAAAGUCGUUCUGAUGCUGAGAAAGAAGGCGUGGCCAUUCCAUUGACAGUGGAAGAGUAUUGUAUAAAACACAGACCAGUGGGAAGUCAAUCCUCAGAUACGAACAUUGAUUUAUGCGAUGAUUGGUACGACGAAGACUAUGAUGAUGACGAUGAUGAUGACGACAGUGAAUGUUUCGAUGAAAACGACGGCGACGAUUCGGGUAAUGCAGACGAUUAAACGUUGCUGGUAAAUGUUUGUUGGUGUUGAACUAAUGGUGAAGUGGAAUGUUGAAAUGUCAAAUCUGACCCAAGUGUGUUGUUACAUAGUGCGUUGUUGCAAUCCUCUCACUGUGAACAAAACAAUUUUAAAUUCUGUAUAUAUUGUUGCAUUAUUACAUAAUAUUUAAUAUUUUUUAA